ACUGAGAAUUCUUUUCUUCGGAUUAAUUCAAGGGUCUGAGAACACUGAGCCCCAGUAUAGCACCUCUGAGACCCAUGGCCUCCAAGUUGCAGAGCAGUUUCCCAGCACUGUACGUCUUUGAGGUCUUGACUCUACUGCUGUGCCCUUCUGGCUUGUGUGAUUGCAGAAUAUUUCCGAGCAUUGCCCAUGGAUCCCAUAAAGACGUGAGUUCAUUUUUCUCCUAUACUACUGUCGUAAAAUAUGAAUGUGAUAAAGGAUAUGUUCUGGUUGGAGAGUCCAAAAUCACCUGCAGGAACUCCCACUGGUCGCUUCCAGCACCUCAAUGUAAAGCUCUGUGUCUGAAACCAGAGAUCAAAAAUGGAGAUCUGUCUGUGGAUAAGGACCAGUAGGUUGAGCCUGAGAGUGUUACUGUCCAGUGUGACGAUGGUUAUGGUGUGAUUGGCUCUCAAAAAAUCACCUGCUCAGAGAACGGCAUCUGGUUCCCAGCAGUGCC